UCUCAGCACCGCCGCGGGCUCCGAGGCCGGCGGGAUGCAGCCUCCGGGCCCGCCCCCAGCCUAUGCGCCUGCCAACGGGGACUUCACCUUUGUCUCUUCGGCGGACGCAGAGGAUCUCAGUGGUUCUAUAGCAGCUCCAGAUGUCAAAUUAAACCUCGAUGUAAGUGGAGAUUAUAUCAAAGAAUCUACAGCUACUACAUUUCUGAGGCAAAGGGGCUAUGGCUGGCUUUUGGAAGUUGAAGAUGAGGAUCCUGAAGAUAACAAGCCACUUUUGGAAGAAUUGGACAUUGAUCUAAAGGAUAUUUACUAUAAAAUCCGCUGUGUUUUGAUGCCAAUGCCAUCGGUUGGUUUUAAUAGACAAGUGGUGAGAGACAAUCCUGACUUUUGGGGUCCACUGGCUGUUGUUCUUUUCUUUUCCAUGAUAUCAUUAUAUGGACAGUUUAGGGUGGUCUCAUGGAUUAUAACCAUUUGGAUAUUUGGUUCACUGACAAUUUUCUUACUGGCCAGAGUUCUUGGUGGAGAAGUUGCAUAUGGCCAGGUUCUUGGAGUUAUAGGAUAUUCAUUACUUCCUCUCAUUGUAAUAGCCCCUAUACUUUUGGUGGUUGGAUCUUUUGAAAUGGUGUCUACACUUAUAAAACUGUUUGGUGUGUUCUGGGCUGCCUACAGCGCUCCUUCAUUACUCGUAGGUGAAGAAUUCAAGACCAAAAAGCCUCUGCUCAUUUAUCCAAUCUUUUUAUUGUACAUUUACUUUUUGUCCUUAUAUACUGGGGUGUGAUCCACGUUGUACGUGAAUCAAAAAGAUGGUGUUACAUUUGUAUUAAGCUGGGAAUUCUUGCUGGAAGGAUUGGAGAAGACAUUACUAGUAAAAUUUUACACAUUCCAGAUAGAGAGGCAGGCUUAAAGUCUUUUUAAAACAAUAUUUUUUGUAUUUAAGUAAUUGCAGUUAGUUAUCUGGGAUUUUUUUGGUCAGAAUUCUGAAUUCUGUUUGGUUCUUCAUAUUCCACAAAUAAAUAAAAAGCAUUGUGUUUUUCAGAUUGUGUCAAUAUUCACUUGAACACUUGUACCAAAAGCACCUGGAUGGGUAAUUGUGUUUCACUUGAAGUUUAAAUUUGACAACAUCCUGAAAAUCUAAAAGUGCAAUUUUUUUCUUUAAAGAAUUUUCUCUGGCACCACAGAUCCUGUAGAUACCCUUUUAUAUUUAUACAUAUAUAUUUAUGAAAUAAUUCUUAGUCACAAAAUAUAUUCCUGAAUAGCCUAAAAAUUAAGAUAAUAAAUCUGAUGCUUAAAUUUU